AGUUUGCGCAACUUUGUUCGGCACAAGUAAAGUUAACAGCAGCGCUCUGCGGUCGCUGCGGCACUGAAGAGAGAAGAGUGAAGAGUGAGAGGAGAACCGCAAACAUGAAGCUGUGCCGCACUUUUCUGGAAAAUGAGUUUCGGGGCGAGCUGGUGAACCAGCGGUGGACAAGAGGCGAGAGGACCAGCAGCCGCUGUCAGGCCUCCCAGAGACUGCAGAGCCGUCGACCAAUCAUGAUGAGUAUAGAGAGUGAUGACAAGCGGACUACUUUUCGGUCCAAAGGAAUCAGAGUUCCUAUUGAGCUCGUAGGACAAGAGCUGAGCUGCCCCACCCCUGGAUGCAAUGGCUCUGGCCAUAUCAGUGGGAGAUACUCACGACACAGAAGCAUUCUGGGUUGCCCCAUUGCCAGAAAACGCCGCCUGGAGGAAGCAGAGGCCGAGCAGGAGCAAGAGCAGGAGAGGCCCGCCUCCAAAAGGAAGUCCCACCCACUGAAGCUGGCCCUGGACGAGGGCUUCAGCGCAGAGAGCGACGCCAGCAGCGAGGCCGAUGGCGAGGGAGAGAAGGACGGCGAGAAAACGGGACAGGCCAAAGAAGAGGAGGAGCAGCGGGUGGAGGACACACAGGCAGUGACGGAGGAGGACGAGGACGAGAGGAGAGAGGAGACGACAGAAGUCCUGAUGAAGGACGCACAGACAAAUGGAGAGGAAGUGGAGAUGAAGAGUCAACCGUGUGAGGAGGAGGAGAAGACAGAAGAGGAAGACACAUAUCAGAGGGAGGAGAAUGGAUUCACAGCUGAUGAAGAGGAGGAGGAGGAGGAGGAGGAGGAGGAGUGUGUGAUCAUCGAGCCUGAGCUCAGAGCAGCACCACCUGCUCUCCAGGAGUCUCAGGCUCCUCCUCAGAGUGAUGAAGAGGUGAGCGACUCUCUCAUCCACGCUGGCCACAUUUCUGACAAUGCUCCAAAUGUGGCCGGGCAGCAGCCUGUUGCUAUGGAAACAGAGAGGGAUGUCACCGUGGCGGCCACGUGGGACGGAGAAGUAAAGGACAAGCCGGAGGGGGACAUGAAUAAAGAGGGAGACGGGGCACGUGGAGUUCAAGUGCUGGGAGAGUCGUCUGUUCUGCAUAAGGAGGCGGCUGAAGAAGAGUUAGAGGAGGAGGUGAAGGAGGAGCAAGGAGAGUGUGAAGACGCCAUGGACCACGUGAGCCAGCAGAACCAUCAAUAUCUGACCACAGAUGUCCCCCAUAAACAAAUCAUAGAUGAAGAGGAACACAGGGACCACGUUCUGCCAAUUUCUGAUGUGCCAACCGCCAUCCGCACCAUCACCAGCACCGCAGCAGCUCAGGGAACACACAUCAAGACUGAAGACCACAGAGCUGGGCCUCUGGAGGACUAUAGCUCACACAGGGACAGAUGUGACUCUCAUAGACCCAGCCCACUUCAAAACUACAAGGCCAGCCCGUCCUCAAGCUACAGCUCCCACAGGGACAGUCCAGUCGAGGACUACUUCCCCAAUUCCAGAGUCGAAAACUAUAAAAUCCACAAAACCUUGUCCUCGGCCUCGACCGACAUCAUCGAGGUGCGAUCGGAUAAGUCCGAGGAGAAGGACUUUGAUGACGCGGAUGGGGACGACGAGCGCGACGACGAAGACAGCCUGUCACAGCGCUCCACGGUGACAGACGAGUCCGAGAUGUUUGACAUGACCCGAGGAAACCUGGGCCUGCUGGAGCAAGCCAUCGCCCUGAAGGCAGAGCAAGUCAAGCCAGCCGGGCCCAGAGAGCUCCUCCGCGCCCCAGACAUCCACCACCAGCGAUACUUCACCAUGGAAGACAGGCCCAAACACCUGGACCUCAUCCGCAAGAGCUACUUCAGCAAAGAGAGCAGUAGGCCAGAGAAGAGGGAGAUCAAGUGUCCCACUCCAGGGUGUGAUGGGACAGGUCACGUGACCGGCCUUUACCCCCACCACCGCAGCCUGUCAGGCUGUCCGCACAAGGACAGGAUCCCCCCGGAGAUUCUGGCCAUGCAUGAGAAUGUGCUGAAGUGUCCGACUCCUGGUUGCACCGGUCAGGGCCACGUGAACAGCAACCGCAACACACACCGCAGUCUGUCCGGAUGCCCCAUCGCUGCUGCAGAGAAGCUGUCAAAGGGCCACGAUAAGCAGCUCCUUGUUCCGCCAGGCAGCGAGCACCUGAAAGGAAGUCCCAACGACAGAGUGUUAAGACCCAUGUGCUUUGUGAAGCAGCUGGAGGUGCCCCAGUACGGCAGCUACAGGCCCAACAUGGCACCCGCCACCCCUCGCGCCAACCUGGCCAAGGAGCUGGAGAAGUACUCCAAGGUUACCUUCGAUUAUGCAAGCUUCGACGCUCAAGUGUUCGGGAAGCGCAUGCUUGCUCCAAAGAUGCUCUCCACCAGCGAAACCUCACCCAAAGCCUUCAAAACUAAACCCUCGUUCCCCAAGUCCUCGUCGCCCAGCCUCAGCCUCCACGCUUACGGGAAGAGCUCCACCUUAGCCUACGACUACUCCCACGACGCCGAGGCCGCUCACAUGGCCGCCACCGCCAUCCUCAAUCUGUCCACGCGCUGCUGGGAGAAACCUGAGAACCUCAGCACCAAACCCCAAAACAAGGAAAUGGACAUUGAGGUGGAUGAGAACGGCACCCUGGACCUGAGUAUGAAGAAGCCCUUUAAACCCGAGGGCAGCCUGUCAGCCACCAGCCCCGGGGUUCGGUCCCCGGACCCCUCGUCCUCCUCUUCCUCGCUGCAUCACGGUGGAAGUAGCGGGAUGACGUCACCGAACCUGCACGCCUACAAGCAGGAGGACUGGGAGGGACCGCUGGACUACACCAAACCAAACCGCCACAGGGAAGAGGACGUGGACGAGAUGGAACACACUGGCCAGUCGUACGUCUCGUCUGAUCAGGAGGACGGUGACAUGAUGCAGGAUUGUCUGGAGGAGAGGAAGUACCCGGGCGAGGUCACGACCCCCAACUUUAAAGUCAAGUUCCAGCCCAAGGACAUUAAGAAAGAGCUGCUAUCGUGCCCUACGCCCGGCUGUGACGGCAGCGGCCACAUCACUGGAAACUACGCGUCCCAUCGCAGUCUGUCUGGGUGUCCUCUCGCUGAUAAGAGCCUUCGGUCCCUCAUGGCGGCCAACGCCCCUGAACUCAAAUGCCCCACACCAGGAUGUGACGGCUCGGGUCACAUCACAGGAAACUACACCUCUCACAGAAGUCUCUCUGGGUGCCCGCGUGCCAAGAAAGGUGGAAUUAAAACUCCUACCAAGGACAACCAGGAGGACUCCGAGCUUUUAAAAUGCCCGGUACCCGGCUGCGACAGUCUGGGCCACAUUAGCGGCAAGUACGCCACGCACCGCAGCGCCUACGGGUGUCCGCUGGCGGCCCGCAGACAGAAGGAGGGCCUCCUGAAUGGCACGCCCUUCAACUGGAAGGCCUUCAAGACAGAGGGGCCCACCUGUCCCACACCGGGCUGUGACGGCUCUGGACACGCGAACGGAAGCUUCCUCACACACCGCAGCCUCUCAGGAUGUCCCAGAGCCUUGUUUGCCAAGAAGAAGGCCAAGUUUCCCUCAGAGGAAUAUCUGAGCACCAAGUUCAGAGCCAGUGAUGUCUUGGACAACGAUGAAGACAUCAAGCAACUCAACAAAGAGAUCAACGACCUCAAUGAGUCCAACAACGAAAUGGAGGCUGACAUGGUGAACCUGCAGACUCAGAUCUCCUCCAUGGAGAAGAACCUGAAGAACAUCGAGCACGAGAACAAGAUGAUCGAGGAGCAGAACGAGGCUCUCUUCAUGGAGCUGUCGGGUCUGAGCCGCGCCCUCAUCCGCAGCCUGGCCAACAUACGCCUGCCUCACAUGCAGGAGCCCAUCACCGAGCAGAACUUCGACAGCUACGUGAGCACGCUGACCGACAUGUACACCAACAAGGACUGCUUCCAGAGCCCGGAGAACAAGGCUCUGCUGGAGAGCAUCAACAAAGCUGUGAAGGGCAUCAAAGUGUGAGACACACACACACACACACACACACACACACACACACCGGAGUGUGACGGAGGUAAAGAUGGAGGUGACGGCGACUCAAAGAGAAGAUGAUGAAACACUCGACAUUAUCAUGAAAUAUGAUUCAGAAACAAAAAGGGAAUUCAGGUUAUAUCUAAAUAAACGGCAACUUAAAAAAAAAACUACCCAGGGAGCACUCUGUUUGAAGAAAAAGUGACGCGGACCAAAAUCCACACCAUGCUGCUGCUGCUGCUGCUGGGAUUGAGAGGACGAGCGGAUCCUUCAGUCAGGAUGGAUGGAGACGAAGAGUUAUGUGACUGGAAACUGUAUCACAGGAGGAGGAGGAGGAGGAGGAGGAGGAGGAGUUUAGUCGCUGUAUGUUUACCUGUUGUCUCUUUUGUGUCCUGACCUGCUUCUCUGGAGUCUGAACUGUUGCACAGCUGAUCCGUUUUUUGUUUUUUUAUUGUGGGCUUUUUUUUUUUCCUCGCACUUCACACCAACUAAAGCUACAGUGGAGCACAAACGCCAGCACCAAGAAAGAGGAAGAGGAGGAGGAGGAG